AUGAGUAAGGAGACGCAGGAUGAUGUAACCAAUGGGAACGAGGGGCAGCAGCAUGCACCCCAACCUACAACAACCACCACCACCGCCCGACCUCCGCUCUCCUCAAUCGCGCCCGCCCUCGUGCUGGGCGGGGCAGGCUUCAGCAACCAGCUGCACCCGAACCCAGCCUCGCUGCCGACGCGGCACAUAGUGCAGCGGGCGCUGGACGUGGGCUUCCGCGCCAUCGACACGUCGCCCUACUAUGGCCCCUCGGAAGUCCUGCUUGGCGACGCGCUCGCGCAGCCGGAGCUGGUGGCGGCGCACCCGCGCGACAGCUUCCUGCUCAUGACCAAGUGCGGGCGCAUCGCCGCGGACCACUUCGACUACUCGCCCGCCUGGAUCCGGCAGUCGGUGGCGCGCAGCCUGGAGCGCCUGCACACCACCUACCUCGACGUCGUCUUCACGCACGACGUCGAGUUCGUCUCCGUGGCCGAGGCCGUCGCCGCCGUCGGCGCCCUGUUUGCGCUGCGCGACGAGGGCAAGCUGCGCUACGUGGGCAUCUCGGGCUACCCGCUGCCGCGCCUGGUCGAGGUCGCGCGCGCCGUGCGCGAGCGCUAUGGUUGCGGUGUCGACGCCGUGCAGGUCUGGGGCCAGCUGACGCUGCAGAACACGGUGCUGCUGGACGAUGGCGGCCUGGCUGCGCUUCGCGACGCCGGCGUCGACUGCGUCUUCGCGUCCAGCCCGCUCGCCAUCGGCUUGCUGAGGAGGAAGGGCGUGCCUGUCGGCGAGCUGGGCGACUUCCACCCCGCGCCCCCGCCGCUGCGCGAGGCUGCCGCGCGUGCGUCCGACUAUGUCGAAGAGAGGCACACCAAGCUGGCCGAGCUGGCGUUGAAGUAUGCGGUCGCGCGGGGUUUGGCUGCCGGAGAGGAAACAGGCUUGAAGUUGAGCACCAUUCUGGGUGGAGGCACGACACACGAGAUUGAGGACAAUUGGGAGGUCGGAAGCACCAUCACUAAGAGGUACGAGGCAAGGAGAAAAGCAGCAGCGAAGGAAGGCAAUGGCGAUGGAAGACGGGAGCAAUUGAGCGGCUUGCUCACUGAGGAAGAGCUUGAAAUGGUAAAGGGGACGAGGGAAAUAUUUGGGCAGUGGCUGAACCACAGUCUCGGUGGUUGA